AUGCUUCAUGUGCUGCUGGAGCUACAGCGGCGUUCUCCGGUGAAGUUUACGGUUGCGGCGGCAACUGUCAACCCAGAGACGCCCGAGUUCUCGCCACAGCCUCUCAUCGAGUACAUGAAAGCGCUACAAGUCCCCUACCACUUCUUGUCAAAGCCGCUGAUCGAGAUGGCGAAAUGCCAUUUGGAUCCCAAAAAGCCUUCAAUAUGUUCCUUCUGUGCGCGGAUGAAGCGCGGAAUGUUGUACACAUGCAUGCGGGAGAAUGGGUACAAUGUUCUUUGCUUGGGACAGCACCUUGAUGACUUUGCAGAGUCGUUUCUGAUGUCCGCCUUUCGCAAUGGUUCACUCAGAACUAUGAAGGCGAACUAUGCAGUUGCUGAGAAGGAUCUUCGAGUUUGCCGGCCUUUGGUGCAUGUGCGUGAGAAGACACUUGCGCAGUUUGCCAAGGACAACAGGCUUCCGGUGAUUGCAGACAACUGCCCAGCCUGCUUUGCGGCACCGAAAGAGCGGCACCGCAUCAAGUUGAUGCUGUCGCAGCAAGAAUUCGAACACCCAGACCUCUUUUGGUCCUUGAGUUCCUGCAUGAAGCCACUGAUGUCCAUCGCACAGACAGAAAAAAACAUGGACUGGUGGAGGCAAGUCCUCGGCACUGACGAGGAUGACGAUGAGGCUCCCGUCUCCGAAGCCAAGCCGCGUGGCGACGCGAGGGAAGGAAGACAGGAGGAAGCGGCUGUGGCAACAUCCUCUCCCUGCAGAGCGGAGCAGGAUACUCGCCCAGGGCAGCUUGCGGCUGUUGCCUGUGCUUCUGCGCUUAGUGGAGCCAUGCUGAUGUGGCUGAUCAGCCGCCGAAGGUAG